AUGUCUGACUCAGAGAAUAUUUAUCAAUCUUUAUCAAAGUUAUUCGUUGGUAGAAAUGAGAAAAUCUACGAUAUUGAGAUUCUCCCAUCAGGGUUCGGCCCACUGCUUCAGGAUGGAACCAAUAUCGGAAUCACAAAGCGCGCUCUCGCCCAAGCAUUUCUUAUUGCAAGAAAGGCUUUCUUCGGUUCACUGAAGGAUGGCAAUGCUAGAGAGGAUUCGGUUAUUGUAGGGCAAACAACGGAUUCACCCACUAAUACCAAUAUAAGAGUGGCAUCCGAAAUCAUCCUCCUCUUCGACUCCGAGCACCUGACAGUUUGCAAUUGGCGCAAACGGAGAAUCUGUGCCUUAAGAAGCUCUUUGCCGGCAAGUGACUACGCUAGAUCACUUAAAGAGGAGCUUUCGUUUACUGCAACCUUGCUUCGCUCUCCGUUGCACCGACAUGCUAAGUCUCCUACUUUGUGGUACCACCGAUAUUGGGUCAUGACCGAAGUCCUUAGACUCGACCCUUGCCAUAUACAAUCAGUUUUGUUAGAGAUACCCCAGAUGCAAUCAAGCGUGGAUGAUGUGAUGAUCAGCGAAAAACUUCUCCAACGUGAAUUUGCGGUAGGCCUGAAGGCUGGAGUGCAACACCCGAUGAACUAUUACGCCUUUAGCUAUCUACGCCAGCUCCUUGACCUGUUGAGCCGAUUCCGAGAUCGUGGCCUAGACCUACUCAAUAGCGAGAUGACAAGGCAAAAACACGGUGACAUCCUUACCACCCCACUGAAUAGUGAUAUCCAGUUGCAUUCCUUCCAGGAUAUGGCGAGCGUGCUGCUUGAAGGGAUGCAUAGAUGGUGUCUAGACCAUCCACCCGACAUUUCUGGUUGGACUUUCCUGUUGUAUUUGCUUGAGGUUGUCGCCGAUGCACCACUCCAGACAGUCAUGGUCGAAAAGACUAUCAAAUAUGCUCUCGAUGUGGGCUGGGAAGGGGAGGCAUUGUGGGUAUUCGUCGCACUUGCCAUAUCAAAUUUUCGACUUGACCUUGAGGCGUUUUCCCGCAUGGAUCACGGAAUAACCAGACGGGACAAUGAAGCUGGCCAUGCUACACAAAUCCGCCGCCAUUGGGCUGAUUUAGCUGCUCAGGCGAAGGCUCAUUUCAAGGAGUAG